AUGUCCCGUAAGAAAAGCCUCUUUGCUUUCCCAUGGCCUUCUUGCUGCAAAGCAUUCCUUAUUCUAUGGAAUAGCCAUCAUGCGUCGCGCUCUCAUGACGGACUCACCACUUAUUUCAUCCGUACUGGCUCUUUAACGAUUUCGCAUCCCGAUGAUGAGACUAAAGCAAGAGACUUUUGGACAAGGUUUCGGAAUAGAUGUUCCUGGUGGGAAAGUGCAAGAAGUUUGGAUCCGGCCCCAGGGAUUAUUUCUGGGGAUAAGGUGCUUGGCCAUGAAGAUGAGGAAAUUGUGAGGAACUCGUCAAGGGCGACUUCGGAAGCUCGAACAAGUGCUAUUGCUGGCCUUAGAAAUGCAAGUCUCUCAAAGUUGUGA